AUGAAGAGCAAGAGCCUCCAGCCAAAGUUGAAAUUUCUUGUGCUCCUCUCGGUCCUGCAGUGCCGAUACCAAUGUAUUAUCCCGGUCCACCUAUGCGCCCUCCUGGUCCUAGAUGGCCUAUGCAAUUGUUUCCAUAUCCGCUUAACAACUCUACUACAGGUUGUGGGUCUAAUUCUCGUUCGUAUGCGUCUGGUCCUAACUCUAGUGGCCCUUCCAUUGCAAAAUGUUGAAAUUCCAGUUCCGAGUCCAUAUGGAAUGGUAUAUCCACCUCAACAAGUACAUGGUGCUGUUCCACAAACUCCACCUAUGCGCCCUCUUGGUCCUGGAUUGCCUAUGCAACCGUCUCCAUAUCCGCUUAACAACUCUACUCCAGGUUGUGGGUCUAAUUCUCGUUCGUAUGCGUUUGGUCCUAACUCUAGUGGUCCUUCCAUUGCAAAUGAUGAAAUUCCAGUUCCGAGAAUGGAAUGGUAUAUCCACCUCAAUAAGUACUUGGUGAUGUUCGACCAACAUAGUUUUGUCUUGAAGGCUGAGCUAUUUUGUGAAAACAUGUAUUAUCCAGCUGCACCUAUGCGUCCUCCUGGUCCUGGAUGGCCUCUGCCUCCUCGUCCACAACAAUGGUAUCCAUAG